UGGCAAAGGCAAAAACAAGAAGUAUAAAGUAAAAAAUGGCGAAAAAAGAAAAAAAGUGGGGCGAAAAAGGAGAAGAUUGAAGAGUUCAACGUGUCACAAUGUUCAAGAUUUAUUAAAAUCAAGAGGACUUUCUUGCCCUAAUGUCCAGAAAAAAAAGAAGCAAGAAAAUGCCUUUCCACGUUGCAACUCGAGCCGACGACGUUGACAAACACGAAUUUGAUGUCAAUCAAUUAAUCUACCAUAAAGGGAAACUCUACUCUGCUGGUGACGAUGGCAAGAUCAAAAUGUGGGCUCCUGAUUUGAAGUUUCUCAAAGAAGUGCAAGCUCAUCCAUGCUCUAUUUAUUCAAUUACAGCUGACGGUGAUGCUAUUUACUCUUGUUCAAACGAUGGUACGGUCAAAAGUUGGGAACUCGAGACCCUCAAAAAGAAAACAGUUUUUCUUGAAGAUAAAGAAGUAGAAUUCUGGAAAGUAAAAUACGAUAAAGGAAUCUUGUAUAUUGGCGACGACCAAGGAAAUGUAAGAAUGUACAAGAACGAGACGUUUUAUGGGUCAAUCAAUGUGGCAAUUCCGGUUAAAGACUUAGCCAUCAAAGAUAAUCUUAUGUUUGCAUCGAAAGACAACGAUGUGAUUGUCACUGAUCUCAUUUUGCAAGAAGAAAAACCUCAAUUUGGAAUAAAGGCCACACUCAUGGGACGAGGUCCAUUAGGAUUGGUUGACAACAAAGUCAUAUUUCUGAGUCGAGAUGGAAAAGAUAUUCUUGUAAAUCAGAUUGACGAGCAACAACACCUUAAAGAAACUGCAAAAGUUGUUAAAGCCCACGAUAUGAUUAUCAAUGGUGCAAUUGCAGUAAAUUGGGAUGGUAACCCCUGGUUAUUUACAGCAGGUUGGGAUAAAGUAAUAAAGAAGUGGAAGAUAGCGAAUGAUUCUCUUAAAGCUGAUGGUUCCUGCAAUAUUGAUUUUAUUGUCAACACAAUGGCUUAUGGUGACAAAGACCAAAUCUAUGCUGCUGGAAGUGACGGCCAUAUUGCUCGUCUCGAUCUUUAAAUUUAUUUUGUGUUAUUUUUGAUGUUUUUGUAAUUUCUAUGUGUUUGUUGAGUGUUUUUGAAUUAUUAUUAAUGAAUAAAAUUUAAUCAAUUAA